AUGCCGUUUGGUGUUUCUAAUGCGCCAGGUGUAUUCAUGGAGUACAUGAAUAGGAUUUUUCAUCCUUACUUGGAUCAGUUCUUUGUGGUAUUCAUAAAUGAUAUUUUGGUGUAUUCCAAGUCAAAUGAAAAGCAUGCAGGACAACUGAGAGCUGUGUUGAAGAAAUUGCAAGAGAAGAAUUUGUAUUCUAAGUUGUCCAAGUGUGAAUUCUUAAGAGAAGUGGGUUUCCUUGGUCAUGUGAUCUCCAGUGGUGGAAUAACAGUUGAUUCGUCGAAGAGGAGGUGGCUAGAAUUUUUGAAGGACUAUGAUUUUAAGUUGAAUUACCAUCCAUGUAAAGCUAAUGUGGUAACAGAUACAUUGAGUAGGAAGUCUUUCCAUAUGUCGGUGCUAAUGACGAACCGUCAGACAGAAAGGACUAUCCAAUAUUUGGAAGAUUUGUUAAGGGCUUGUAUUUUAGAGCAAAGAGGUAACUGUGAUAGUUACUUGUCGUUGAUUGAUUUUACCAAUAACAACAGUUUCCAUUUUAGUAUUGGAAUUACACCUUUUGAAGGUUUGUAUGGUAGAAGGUGUAGGACAUCUUUGUGUUGGUAUGAGUCAGGUGAAAAUGUUGUUCUUGGACCGUAG